AUGUCAAAUAGCAAUUAUCCUCUCUUUACUAUUGAUUGUAUUGCAACGGAAGCAACUGCCUGUGGACGUUGUAAAUAUGGCAUACCUCUGGGUACCAGAUUUUAUCCUGUUCAGAACACCAAUCACCAAAGUGUUGCUCCGCCUAUGGUCAAGAUGUGCCUUCCUUGUGCAUUGUACUACUGGCACAAGGCGAUCUCUAAUGGCCUGCAAGAAUCAACCAAAAAAUUUGAGGAUGUCUAUGGCAUUAGCGAUCUAUCCUUUACAGCCGAAGAACUGGCAUGGGAGCGCAAAUUUGACCCAGAAGACAUCCGGAGGCGUGUCAUUGAUGCGAAAAAAAAAGAAGCAACACGUGAACAACGAGCUGUUACUGCACUUCCAGGUCGCACAAGUGUUGCUCGAGCAAAUCCAGCCCCUAUUGGAUUGAUGCCGCCGCCACCACCACCUUCUUUGAGUGGUAGUCGAAAAAUGCCUGCAAACCACAUUGGUGGACCGGCAGCUCAUUUAUCCACCGGAAUCGGUUCUACUACUGGACGUGCCAUUGGAUAUGGUGAACACCACCGACACUACCAUCAGGCUAUCAAAAAUCAACAGGCAAAAGCUUAUGUGCACAGUAAUGAGCUCAUUUCGGUGGCAUAUCUCGUAGGGUAUUGUGUCAAUCCCAAGGCAUCUACAAAAAGUUACAUGCCUAAGUUUGUUCCAAUCAGUAACAUCGCUGAAACUGAUCCUUCAACGCCUCGAGGGAUCACAGCCGAAGAACUUAUAGUGCAAGCAAAACGCCUUGUUUGGCCUCAGCUUCUUGCGAAAUUCCCAGAUUUUUCCUGGGAUUGGACUCGGGUGGAGGUCCGUGAAAUUUGGCCUACAGCCUGGGUUAACCUUAUCCAGGCUGAACCUGGUCGACUUUGGUUCUAUGACCGGGACCAGCUAUUGAAAGCUCCGAGAGGGGGGAAAGGAAAAACAGGAGAUAAAAUCUUUACCCAUAAUGCAAAACCGUUUGAGAUUGGAAUUGUUAUUCCUUAUGAAGACUUCGAGAACGCGCUCGAACUUGCAGAAGAUGCUGUUUCAUCCCAGACCACAACCAAAUCCAAAAAUCCUUCCCGCUCCACCGCAGUAGCUGUUCCCAUGAAUAUAUGUUCCACUGCAGCCACCCAUUCUAUGAAUACAUGUUCCACUGUAGCAACCCAUUCCAUGAAUACACAUGGACCUGCGUCUUCUCUUUUUACGCAUGGAUGGCAGGACUCACUUAAUACUGGUACAAACAAAGGGUCACGGAAGCGUAGUCUAUCAGUCACUUCUCCCAAUGAAACAGUUCCAUUUUCACGUGCAUCUAAGAAAACUUAUCGAUCACCAAAACGGGGAGCUGCAAAACAUGUAUUACAAUCUGGAGGGCAGGUCACGCUUACCCAAGUGAAGCAAUUCGAUGGAACAUAUUACUCUGUGGAACUCUUUCAAAUCCCCUCAUUCGACUAUGCUGAUGUUGCUGCUUCACCUACACCGGUGCGGUUCACCUUCGACAUCGAAACCCGCAAAUCCAAAGGUACUUCAAAAGAUGACGCCCAUCUUCUCCGUCUUCCAGUAGGGGCUGAGUUGGAAUCCAUUGUUCGUGAUGCCAACCUCCACUUGUGGUCAGAUAUGUUGUUUGAAUUUGCCUUAGGAUGGAUAACUCGUUUCCUUGGAGUGACAAAACUUAUUCCCCCUGCCAAUAUUCCUUCAUUUCGCUAUGUCAAUGCCUUUGUCCUUACUGUGCAUUCCGAAGUAACUGGUAGUUCUGUAAAGAACCUUUCCUCACGCAAGAUGACGCUCAUGGCCGAGGAAGUCAUACCUGCAGCAGAAACAUCGUUCUGUAAAUAUAUCAACAAUGGCUCUGCAGACAUUGGUCCUCUAAUCGAAGAACUGGCCUUGAACGAUCCUCAUAGAAUUGAAACAGAAUAUCUCUCUUCUAUUCAGCACAUCAUUUUCUGGAAAACGGAAGGUUUUGCCUAUCUUUCUGACUUCCAGGGCUGUAGCGGACUUUUGACUGAUGGUCAAAUUAUGACAGCUCCUGAGCUCAAAGAUGACCUCGAUGACCUUUUCGGCCCAGGAAAUGUUCGGAAUGCAUUCAACAAGUUCUUGACAGAACACAAAUGCUCAAAAUCCCGUUUUUGUCGCUUCUUUGACCUCCCUUUAAUCAACAUGUGCAGUGCUCAGGCAGUUGAGGAACAUGGUGUUCCAGGUUGUGAAGCACUACAACUUUACGACGAGCAGGCAAUGGUGUUAGAAACUCAGCCAGAAUAG